GUUUUUGUUUUUUUGUUUUUUUUUUAACAGCCUACUAAACUAAGGAAGACCAGGAAGUUGCGCGGACAUGUCAGUCACGGCCAUGGCCGUAUCGGCAAACACAGGAAGCAUCCUGGUGGUCGCGGUAAUGCUGGUGGUAUGCACCACCAUAGAAUCAACUUCGAUAAAUACCACCCUGGGUACUUUGGAAAAGUUGGUAUGAGACAUUUCCAUCUGAAGAAGAAUCAGUCCUUCUGUCCCACUAUCAACCUGGAUAAACUAUGGACACUUGUUAGUGAGCAAACCAGACUGAACCAUGCAAAGAACCCUAAUGGUCCUGCUCCAGUCAUUGACGCUGUGCACGCGGGUUACUACAAGGUUUUGGGAAAAGGACGACUCCCCAAGCAGCCUGUGAUUGUGAAAGCCAAAUUCUUCAGCCGAAAAGCAGAGGAGAGAAUCAAAAGCGUUGGUGGUGCUUGUGUUCUGGUUGCAUAAAUCAUCAGCAAAUAAAAAUGUGUUCUUUA